UCGCCCCCCCCCGGCCACCGCGACGACUCCAUGAGCAGCCCGGCAGAGAGCGCACAGCUUGGCAGCCUCGAACACUCACGAGACUCUCGGAGCCCCACGGCUCUCUGCGCCGCUGAGGAUGGGGUGGGGACGGCGCCGCACGUGGGGGCGUGGCAGCUCGCGUGCGCGGUGACGCAGCGGCGGCCCCUGCUGGGACCCGCCCCCCAGUGGAGGACCGCCGGCGUUGCCACGGAGACGGAGCAUCGCCAUGGCAACGGCCACGUCUCCUCUCCGCCUCUGGGAACCUGCUCGGGCACCACGAGGUACGACGUUCCGGACGGCAACCCUCUGCUGAGCAACGGGGACGUGGCCAGGGCCAACCACGAACGAGGCUCCCGCUCAACCACCACCACCUCGACAACAACCACCACAACCACCACAACCACCACAACAACCACAACGUCGACCACAGCCGCUGUCGCCGCCAGUGCAGCGGCGGUCACCGCCACGGCCGUGGUGCUGGUGCCGCCUGCGGCCACGCGAAUCGGCGCGGGUCAACGCGGGGUCACCACCAGCAGCACCACCGCCACCACCGCCACCACCACCGCUGGACAGCACCAGAGAGGGCGGAGGUCGAGGGGCGAUGGGCGAGUUGGAGGGGCGCUCCCCAACAAACAACAGAAAGACGGAGAAGACUGCUGCGCUCGCUGCAUCCUCGCGUGCCUCUUCUGCGAGUUCCUCACUCUCUGCCGACUCGUCUGCGAGUGUGGUGGAGGUGGUGGUGGUGGAGGUGGUGGUGGCGCCGCCUGCUGCUGCUGCUGCACGGCUGCAACGGCAGCAGAGUGUGGGGAGGAGUGCGACUGCGACUGCGGCCUGCUCGAGGGCUGCUGCGACUCGUCCGACUGCCUCGAGAUCUGCUUCGAGUGCUGCGGCAUCUGCCUGGCCUCCUAGACGGCAUCGCACUGCCUCCGAGUGACGAGGACAUCUGGCUGUCUCCAUAGCGACAAUAACAUCUGGCUGUCUUCAUAGCGACAAUGACAUCUGGCUGUCUCCAUAGAGACGAGGACAUCUGGCUGUCUCCAUAGCGACAAUGACAUCUGGCUGUCUCCAUGGUGACAAUGACAUCUGGCUGUCUUCAUAGAGACAAUUACAUCUGGCUGUCUCCAUAGCGACAAUGACAUCUGGCUGUCUCCAUGGUGACAAUGACACCUGCCUGUCUCCAUAGUAACAAUCACAUCUGCCUGUCUCCAUAGCGACAAUGACAUCUGGCUGUCUUCAUAGAGACAAUGACAUCUGGCUGUCUCCAUGGUGACAAUGACAUCUGCCUGUCUCCAUGGUGACAAUGACAUCUGGCUGUCUCCAUGGUGACAAUGACAUCUGGCUGUCUCCAUAGAGACGAGGACAUCUGCCUGUCUCCAUAGUGACAAUGACAUCUGCCUGUCUCCAUAGUGAUAAUGACACCUAGCUGUCUCCAUAGCGACAAUGACACCUAGCUGUCUCCAUAGUGAUGAGGACAUCUGCCUGUCUCCAUAGAGACGAGGACAUCUGCCUGUCUCCAUAGUAACAAUGACAUCUGCCUGUCUCCAUAGUGACAAUGACAUCUGGCUGUCUCCAUAGUGAUGAGGACAUCUGGCUGUCUUCAUAGUAACAAUGACACCUAGCUGUCUCCAUAGCGACAAUGACACCUAGCUGUCUCCAUAGUGAUGAGGACAUCUGCCUGUCUCCAUAGUGACAAUGACACCUAGCUGUCUCUAUAGCGACAAUGACACCUAGCUGUCUCCAUAGUGAUGAGGACAUCUGCCUGUCUCCAUAGUGACAAUGACAUCUGGCUGUCUCCAUGGUGACAAUGACUCCUAGCGAAUGCUCCAUUGCCCAUCGGUGCCUUGCUUCAAGUGUGUGUCUGUCUGUGUGUGUGUCGUUGUGUGUGUUUGUCUUUGUGUGUAUGUCUUUGUGUGUUUGUCUUUGUGUGUUUGUCGUUGUGUGUGUU